AUGGCAGAGCAGCUCUUCUGUAAGGGGGUGUCCGCGGUGAUCAGCUGCGCGGGCUGCGAGGAGAGGAGGGCUGAUAUAAGGCUAACUGUUGAAAUUUGUACAUCAUCCAGUCCUAUCCAUAAGAAGGAACUUACUGUGCGUAUUACAGAUGAUGCAGAUCCAUUAUUCUUGUAUUCUGUUGCUAUAGGAGAGGAAGAUUUUCAGAGUUUAAAGAGCCAACAAGGAUUGCUUGUAGAUUUUUCAGCUUUUCCCCAGAAAUUCAUUGAUUUGUUAGAACAAUGCAUUUUGGAACAAGGAAAACAAGUGCCUCGGUUUUUAAUUCAACUUGUAACAUCUUCCCCAGCAUUGGAUUGCAUGCCUGCAUGUUUAAAUGUAGUGGAAACCAAUCCAUUCAAACAUCUCACUCACUUGUCUCUAAAGCUUUUGGCAGGAAGUGACGGUGACGUCAAGAAAUAUCUUGCCAUCUGCAUUAAAAAUUUAAAGAUGGAAAACAGUAUGUUGGAAGAUAAGCUACACAGAUCAGAAGAGGGACUUUCAAAAAGACUAACUGUAACACAGCAGGCUUUGGUAGAAAAAAGCAAGGAACUGGAUAAACUACAAAAUGAAUGGACAUCACAGACCACUUCAUUGACUAACAAGUACUCCCAAGAAAUCACAGCAGAAAAGGAGAAAGUGCUACGGAUUCAAGCACAGUACCAGCUUCGGCAUGAACAGCAAAAGAAAGAGAUGGAAGCAACUUGCAACAGAAAAGUACAUCACUUAGAAACCAGGGUAUCUGAAUUUGAAACUGUUAAUAAGGAUCUCACAGAGAAAAAAUACAAGUCUGAAUCUUCUAUAAGGGAGCUGAAAUCCAAAUUUGCAGGACUUGAAGAGGAGUAUCAGAGGGCAAAACAAGAAGUUCUGUCCCUUCAAAGAGAAAAUUCAACUCUUGACACAGAGUGCCAUGAAAAGGAGAAACUCCUAAACCAGCUAAGAACACGCAUUGCAGUCCUAGAACAAGAAGUGAAGGAUAAAGAGCAAGUAGUAAUAAGAAGCACAGAUGUCUGUGAAAGUGUACAAGAACACAAGGUCUUCCUUGCAAGUGCAACCUCUGGUCUCUUUCUACAUCUGCCAGCAAGGAUGACAGUUGAGAUGAAAAAGUUGGAAGAAUCGCUGGAGAUGAAACAGCUUCAAAUUGGAAAAUUUGAAACCACGGUGAAGUCUAUUUCUGAGGAACUUCUGAAAGCUAAUGAAAUUAUCAAAAAGCUCCAGGGAGAGAUGAAGAAACUAAUGGAGAAGAUGAAGUUAAAAAAUGCAGUGACACUGCAACAAGAAAAAAUAUUAGGAGAAAAAGAGCAAACCCUUCAAAAGGAGAGAUUGGAGCUUAAUAAUGUGAAACAGGCCCUUCAACAAAAAGAGGAAGAAGUCUUUAAGUUGCAAGAGCAGCUAGACAUCACUGUUCAGAAAUUGGAAGAAAGCAAACAGCUGCUGAAAACUAAUGAGAAUGUAAUUUCCUGGCUAAAUAAACAACUGAAUGAGAAUAAAAUUGCAUCUAUGCAUGGGGCAUCAGGUCACAGUGAUAUGCCAUGUGCUGGAAGUGCCACCAAUUCAGCAGCUUUGCAGAAUGGCCUGCCUCGGUUUCUACUUUAUAACAGUCCUUUCUCUGUCCCUGUGAUGCCUCCACCAAUUAGCACUGCUUCCCUUUCUAAUAACUAUAAAGGCUCUGUUCCUCUGCGAAUGAAUAUCCCAUGUGCGGUCACCAGUGCUGCAAGAUAUAAUCCACAGGUACGCAUCAACUUAUCAGCAAAUUCCACCAGCACUCCGUUACAUGAGACAAGACCUUGUCCACCAACCUCCACUCCUUUAGUGCCCCCAAACUCAGGCCAUGUUGAGCCAACUGGUUUAGACAUGAAAUAUUUGAAGAAAGAUGGCAACUUGCCUUUGAGAGGGCUAAAACCUUUGUCUGUAGCAAGUACAGCGUUAUCAAGAACUAUGUUACCCAAGCAAGGAACUCCACCUGUAAUAUCUGCUUACUUCCCAGGGCAACAGACUAGACUUCCUGCAUCAUAA